GGGGGGAAGGGGGGGGGGCUAUUAUUUUGUUGUAUUUUCUGGGGUGGUGGUGGUGGGUGGGAGGGGUGAGAUGCAGUUGGUCACAAAACGUUUGCGGAGGUGGAGGUUGGAUGGAGGUGAGGUGCGAUAGGGUGGGGAUCAUCCCACUCGCUCUCGUCGACCGUGAGGGGGGGCAGGGGAGUGAUAGCGUAAAUAAACUGCUGCACUGCUGCAAGUGAAUGCACGUACGGGGGGAGGGAGGGAGGGCACGCUCGGCACACACAUGAGUUGGGUGCAGGAUGGGAAGUGCUCUAACCACUGGCUCCGUUCCGUAAGAUUGUGGGAUUAUUAGACGGGGCAGGCAAACAUGUUGUUAGAAAGAAGAUGCGGCGGAAAGGAGCAGACAGAGGCGGUGAGCGUUCGUUCGUGAGGUCGAGCUGGAAACAAUCGCGCGACAGCCGUUGCGAGGGGGGCGGGAAGUUCUCGCUGCUUUUUCCAAUUGUUCUUUUUUUUCUUUUCUAUUCUUCUCUUUUCUUUUCGCGGUGCUGCGCUGCGAGCGGCUGGCUGGCUGGCUGUGUCUGCUGUGUCAGGUUGUGUGGUUCAGUGGUUGAAUGGUUGAGUGAUUCGUCAGGUUUCCCGUUCCUUCAGGACAACAAAAGGCAACAUACGGCGGGCAGGGACAAGCAGGAUCCGGCACCUUGGGGAAAGCUCCUUCACGGCCUACCGACAUACGCGGGAGACUGCAUACAUUCAUAUAAGAAGGAGGACGAGGAAACAGGAGGCGGCUGUAUCUGGCUGACGGGGAGAUUAAAACAUUCGAGUUCAGCGAGAGAGCGGGCGCGGGCGGGCGAGUGCGAACAGCCCACGACGAACGAGUUCGCGAGGACGAGCGAAACGGAUCAACUAACUGUGAGGACGGAGGUACACUAUUGGCUGGCAGCUGCUAGUUAGUAACAUAGAGCAGUAAGUGUCGCAAGCCUAGACUACUCCACUCUACUGUCGGCCGCCGGUCGCUCGUUAGAUAGAUAGACGCUGGUCUGGCCUGGCUGGUUGGCAGACGAUGAUGAUGCUGAUGAUGCUGAUGAUGCUGAUGGCAUCGGGGAGGGAUAACGCACGGAACGGGGG